AAAUUGGGCAACUCAUAUCACAAAUUCGCUACUUUUAGACCGUCAGCUCGCUACUUUCAGCAAUUUAGAACUGGCAACCGUGGUCGCUUGUACACUGUUGACGAUGGUCGUGAGUGGUUCUUUGCUAGAGGACUGGAAUGCCACAGAUGAUGGCAUGAUGUCAUUAUAUGGCCAGGCUGAAGAGGUUACAUUUGGAAAUAGUGAAGAACUUGGAAAUGAAAGCAGUAGUGAAGGAGAGGAGGAGGAUGAUGGAGAUGAGGAUGAUGGAGAUGAGGAGAAUGAUGGAGAUGAGGAUGAUGUGGAUGACAAUGAUGGUGAUGAUGAUGAAGAUGACGAUUCUACUGGAAGUGACUCUGGUGACGAAAAAAAUGAAUCUGAGGAAGAAAGUGAAGAUGAGAAUUUAGAUGAAGGAAUUCAUGGGGAAAAAUUGGGUGGAGGCCAUACAUUGGAAAAGGGAAAACCAAAUAUCAAAGUUACCAAGACUGUUACCAAAGAUCCAACAUCCAAAGAAGACACAUUGAAAAAGAAACACAUUGUGUUUGAUGAAGAUGAAGACUUUGAAAACCUGCCUAUUCCUGAUUCUCUUGUUGCAAGUAGCAAAUCCCAUAGUUAUGAACCGGAGGACUCAGAUUCUGAUGCAGCACCAGACGAAGCAUCCAUUGCCAUGGGAAAGAUGCAGGCCGACAGUGAAGAAAAUAAAAAACGGAAAGAAAUAAUGAGACUGAAGCAACAAACCAAAGAAGCUAGAAAAAGAAAACAGGAGAGAAAUGAACUCCAGCAGGCAGCGAAGCGGAAACGUCUAGCAAAGCAAAGUACAAAGCGAUUAUCAGAUAAUCUUCUUAAAGCCGUAAUUGCAGAGCAAAAAUUGAAUCCAAAACAGAAAGCAGCAACACAAAAAAAUGAAAGAAAGAUUAAAACAUUUGAAGACAAUGAAAAUAUAAGUAAUGAUGGCCCAGUGGAUGAAACCAUUGAUAAGGAGAUGAUUACCUUACAACGAGGCAUUAAAGUAAGAACUCUGAAGCAGGAAACAAAGAAAAACCUUUCUAUAGCUGAGAAGGCAGCAGAAUUCAAACGGAGAGUGCUUUAUGACGGCAAAAUCAAAAGAAUAGAAAGUAAAGAUCUACGUCAAAUAGAUGUGAAGCAAGAGAAAAGUGGGAAGAAAUAUAUUCCUUCAAAAUAAGUAACCAACUUGUAAUUCUUGCUACAAGGGCGAUGCGGACUGGAGACUGCGUGCGUGCUGUGAGUGGACGGUCACUGAAACAACAACCAAUGGGUUUCCAGGAAUUGAGAACAAGUCCAGCAAAUGAUGUGAUAAGACCAUAAACAGGCAAUGACAGCAGAUUUUUACAGUUAUCUUGGUUUAGCACAAGAAAUGAAAUUAUGUGCAUCAGUGUCUUGGCUUUUAAUAUGAAAGUAAUAUUAAAUGCAUACAGCAGAAACUUUUACUGUUUUAACCAAUAUAUGAAUCCAUAGGGAUAUUUUUUUGUCUACCACAACAUUACAGAGUAAUUUUUUGUCUGCAAAUAAACCAAGCAUAAUUGGCCUAGUGUAAAGACCUGUGUGUCAUUCCUGAACAAGUGAUUGACAUGCUUUGUUGAUCCUACUGAAGAUCUUCACAUUCCUUCAUUCAUGAAAAUAUUCAAUGGUUAGAAUUUAGUUACUUGUAUAGCAUAAAGGGAGUAAUUGUCAGUAAACAUUCAAAUAUUACAAUAUUAUUGGAUAAUUAAUAAUGAAAAAAUUCUGGGGCAUAAUUUUUAAUGGAUGAAAUGCUCUAUAAUGGGUGAAACUGCUCUAAAAGCUGUAAACAAUAUUGAUAACGUAUGUAGCCUAUUAAAUAAAAUUAGUGAUGUUCUUUACGAAAGUUCUUAUUGCAAUAAUUAAUUAUUUAGCAAGUGAAAAUUUGUAAUGCAGAUAAAUUUGCCUUGUCCGCACAAUGAUUUAAAUGCUCCUAGAAAAAUCCAAGCAAAUUUUCAAAGAUUAAAAGGUUCUAACUGCUACAGCAAGCUUCUGAAACUGACAGCAUCUGUGGAAUAGAAUUUCCAUCCACUGCAUGGAAAUUAUAUAGCAUAAUGUUAGCCAAGCUUAUGGUCAAUUUUGUCAAGUCAUGUGUUUGUCCAUGUGUGUUGCAUGCUGUCGAAUUCUGUUCAAGCCUAAUAGUUGUACUGACAAACAAUACAAUUGCAAAAUCAGUAUUACUGUAUAUCCAUGAAUAUAGCAUAUGAAGAUAAGCAUCCCAACUGAAUAUAGAAAAUAACUUACCUUUUAUGUACUGUAAUGUAGUAUACUGUACAGAGAUUUUCCAAACAAAUAUCAUUUCUAAGACUAGCAGACCACAUGAAAGUACUGUAUCUCUAACCAAUCCAUUUAAAGCAAGAGAAGAUCAUACAUGCUAGAGUGACAACUUUAACAAGAGUGCCAGAUGAUGUGCUUCAUUGAUAAGUGUCACACCAAGUUGAACUUUCAGAGUAAGAAACAUUAAUAAACUAGUCAUUAGCACAACAGAAAAAGUACAGUACAGUGCUACAUUAGAGUAAUUUCUCUGAUUAUAUUUUCAAAACUGCUAAAUGCCCCAGUAGUGAUUUAGUUAGGAAGAUCAUAUACUAUAGUGUAUAGUAACCAAGGCAAGCCUUAUUAUAUUUUCCAAGUAAUUUAUAUUUCUUAUACAUUGCAUGCAAAUAAGACAUACAGGACUGCCACUAGUCAACUAGCUACCAUAUCUAUUAGCCAUUAAUUCACAAACUAUUCCACUGAAUUCAUGUUAAGUGUGGAUGCAGUGUUAGUCAAAUUGUCAACUACUUUGUUAAACUGACAAUACAAGUUUUACAGGAUUAGUUUAAUUUCUAAGAGAAGACAUUAGUGGGAAGAUAACUAUAGAUAGAUGCACCCAAUGUAUAAGCACAAGAGAGGAGGCAUGAAACAGCCGAUGAAUAGGUACAGAAGACAUGAGGAAGCUGUCUUAGGCACAAAAAUUAAAUACAGAAGGCAAGAAAUUGUUUGCUAUAUACAAUAUGUACAGUAGAGAAUGCCUGAAAAGUAGAUGUAUAGUUACUGGAGAGGAUGUGUGUGUGUGUGUAUCAUGCUAAUUAUAACUGGUAUAAUACACACACAACACAUGAAAAAGAUACAAGGUAAAAAGCUUGAAACAGAUACAGAAAUCAUAAAAUGUGUUUGUGCCAAGAUUCACGAGGCAGAAUAUAUAAAGGGGUCUUUUCUGAGCUUUACCACUUUUACUCCAGUAGGCAAGGCUCUGUUGUUUCCAUGGAGAGGAUUAUGUAUUUUACAAUAUGGGUAGGUCGGCAUUCUGCACCAGUAUGGAUAUUCAGUUGUCUGUCAGGUUAUAACUGGUGCAAGGAAAAUGCAGGAGAACAUUCAAUCUAGAGCAGAAAGACCUAGGGAAUGACUAUUACACUGUUCCCAUAUGCAUUUCAGUCUGGUAGAAACCAAAAUAAUUUAGUUAAUUGAUGUAGGCAAUCUUUAACAACUGCUUUCAUUAUUUAGUGGAUGGUUCUCGUGAAGGUAUAAACACAGUUGGUACAUGCCUCUAGACUUUUUUAGCCUACCAGAUUUUUAGAGCUACCUUCUCUGGUCUGGUUUAGUUAGUACCACCACAUCAGUGGAUUUUCUAUUUAGGAUUUUGUUCUAGGGCAUAGACAAUUUUGAUGUGCAUGCAGAUUAAGUAUACCUUUGGUUAUUGCUUUUUCCUUGAUUCUGCGAUCUGCGAUCUGUUCUGCGAUCUGCGAUCUGUUCUGCGAUCUGCUCUGCGUAUCCCAGGUAAAAUUUGAUUGUUAUUUUCAUGGCCUGUAUUUGUCCAUGAAAUGUUUUAUUUUGGUUAUGGGUUACCCUUGACCAUUCUUUCCUUUAGUUGGACAUGGACAGAAUAUGGUCAGAUUAUGGCUAACGCUUGUCUUUUUGGCCUGGACCACAGUAUGAAGAGGGCAACCCCCAUCCAAAGAGUGGCAUAAUUCUGCAUAGUGCCACUUUGCAGGGUGUCAACUUAAGUACUUUCAUCCUGAAGGUCAUCCAUGCUGCCUUUGACAUUCCUCCAUCUGAGUGUAGGGUUGCUUUCAUCCAGUGCGUGUACUGUUUAUUAGGUAUGGUCUGAGACUGCUAGUCUCUCACUCAGCAGUCUGCUCAUAAUACUUAGCUUAGCAGUAGUCUCGAGUAGCUUGCCUGUCAGAAGCUCCUCUUCUCCCGGCUUCAGACUGAGUGGCCUCACCAACAAAGGUUAAGCACAAUGCCCAUUUUAUAUUGGCAUCUGCAGCUUUGCCCAAGUUAUUUGGGACAGUUCUUUAUAGUUCAGUUUCCAAACUAUUUCACUGCAUACUUGCAGAUAUGCAGAGUUGGAUCAGUUUCAGGUUUCUGCUUGGAUUUUAUUAUCCUCUUCCUUUUGUGCCCCCUUAUUCCUUGAAGUGGUAUAGUUGGUGUUUAAGGAUUAACAUUUGUCUUGUCAAUCUUAACACAUUUUGGCUGUAGCUUGCCCGUUCUUCCUUCUGCAAGACACUUCUAUUCAGACUCGUGGGUAGAGCAGAGGCUCUUGUUCACUCCCCCUCCCUCCAAAGUGAGCAGUUCCUUUACCUAUGGCUCCUUCUGGUGUGCAAUACCAGGCUCCACCUGUCUCUUGGAUGAUUAUGUGAACAUUUACUGUCCUCUUGUGGAGGGCCACAAUGAUAGUGAUGGGUGGACUUCUGUAGGUUUUUUAGCAAGUCUGAGCAAGGGAUACCUAGGCUUUGCAGGCAUCUUGAAAUCUAUUCUGGGCUUUGUAUCCUCAUUUUCAGACAGCUUUCCAUGGCAGUUGGCAGGCACAUACUCUAAUUCCAUAUUCAGAAAUGUUUUAAGGGGGUAUGAUGAGGGCAACAAUCAUUACAAGUUCAGUCCUUUCUCUUCCUUGUGUGGAACUCUCCCAAGAGAAGACCAAUCCUUGACUUGGAGAUUAAUUCCCUUAUCUGCUGUGUCUGGUUUGCCAGGUGACUAAGUCAUUCACUGCUUGUUUCCUUGAAUCUUCAGGAUGCCUACUGGCUUUUCCUAUCCAUCAGAUUCAUGAAUUAGCAGGAAUUCCAGUUUGGCAAUACCUAGCACUUACAACUGCUAACUUUUAAGCCAAAUAUGGUUUCAAAAACUUUCUCCACCAUUUUGAAUUAGUUUUUAAGAGAGCUUUAGUUCUUGGGACCAGUGUUUUAGUCUUCCUAGACGACCGAUUCACUUGGCCUGCUGGUCAUUGGCUUUGUGCUUCUAUCCAGAGCAUUUUUGUUUUUGUUGCGGUACAAAUUUCGCCCUCUGGUGACCAAGCCUAAAUUUCAACUCCAGCAUGCAAAGUGCAACUUGGUUGGAUUUUGUUUAUGUCUGGAUACCCCCCCCUCUUUAGAUUUUCUAUUUGUGUUAUUAAUAUGCUGUGCUUGGGUAUCUUUCUUCCACUUGACCAUCUAUUUGGGAGAGUUAAAACGCAUUCCUAAUGAACCCUACGAGUUUAUUUUCUGUCGGAUUUAGUUUUUCCAGUCUUCCUUACUUCCUUGACCUGACACGAACCUUUGGAAAAAGGACUGUUGCACUGGUAGCAAACAUUAACCUUCCCUAAAUCCAUAUUCCUCUCUAAAAGGACCCACCAGAACAUGGUGCUUACAGCACUUCCAUUCAUAAUAACUUGGGAAAUGCUUAUGCACAAAGAGUAUUACAUUACGUUACAUUAUGCUAACAGUUUUACUUAAUUCAUAGCUCAAACAUUGUCAAAAUUAAUUAUGCCUCAUAUCUUGUCUCUAAUAAACUGUGUUUAUAGAAAUGCAACAUUUAAAUAAAACACUUCAUUGUGGUUA